AUGGCCUCGAGACUGGCUCUCCGAGGUGCGCCGCUGCGCUCCUCGACCGCGGUUGUUAGCCGCGCUGGGCCAUCGACCGCAUCCGCCAGCUUCGUCGCCGUUGCGCGCGCUCCCGUUGCACGCUUCGCUGCCGCACGCUGCUUCUCCCAGACCUCCCGGGUUGCGAGCUCCAAGGCUCAGCUGGACUCGAUUCGCAAGGACCCGGCCUAUCUUGACAUGCAAAAGACCAGCGACGAGAAUCCUGAGCCAUGGAUGGACUUCACUGCACGACACAUUGGUCCUCGCGACGAGGACAUCCCCUCCAUGCUCAAGCAAUUGGGUUCUGGCGUUGAGUCUCUGGAGGCUUUUGUCGCUCAGGUCAUUCCUGAGGACAUUAUGCUACCUCCCCAGAAGACGAUCCAGCCCAAGACUUACAGCGAGUCUGGCGUGGCUGAGCUCUUCAAGGCUAUGCAUGCCCAAAACGAAAUCCACACCUGGAUGAACGGUGGUGGUUACUACCCCGUGGAGAUCCCCGGCGUCAUCAAGCGAAAUAUCCUCGAGAAUCCCGCCUGGUAUACAAGCUACACGCCUUACCAGGCCGAGAUUAGCCAGGGCCGUCUGCAGUCGCUGCUCAAUUUCCAGACCAUGGUUUCUGACCUCACCGGUCUGCCUGUUGCGAAUGCCAGUUUGCUCGAUGAGGGUACUGCCGCCGCUGAGGCCAUGACCAUGUCUCUCAGCAACCUGUCUACUUCUCGUGCUAAGCGCCCCGGAAAGACCUAUGUUGUCUCUCAUCUCGUCCACAAUGCAACCUUCCAGGUCAUGCAAGGCCGUGCCGAGGGCUUUGGCAUUCGUCUUGAGAUGAUGGAUUUGUCCGCCCCCGAUGCUUUCCAAAAGAUUCAGGCUCUUGGUGACGACCUGGUUGGUGUCCUCGCCCAGUACCCCGACACUAACGGUGGUGUUGGCGACUUCCGCGAGCUGGCCGAUGUAGCCCACAAGCAGGGCACCCUCUUCAGCGUCGCGACGGAUCUUUCUGCGCUCACUCUUUUGACCCCUCCAGGUGAAUGGGGUGCCGAUGUUGCUUUCGGUAACUCGCAGCGAUUUGGUGUUCCUCUGGGAUUUGGUGGUCCCCACGCCGCCUUCAUGGCCGUCAAGGAGGCCAGCAAGCGUCGUCUACCGGGCCGCAUUAUCGGAGUUUCCAAGGACCGCACUGGAGGACGUGCUCUUCGUCUGGCUCUUCAGACGCGUGAGCAGCACAUUCGUCGUGAAAAGGCCACUAGUAACGUCUGCACUGCCCAGGCUCUCUUGGCAAACAUGGCUGCCAUGUACGCAAUCUACCACGGACCUGCUCAGCUGAAGGAGAUGGCGGUCAACAACCUUCGCCACGCUCGCAUGAUCCAGUCUGCUGCUCAGCACUAUGGCCUGACUGUUCCUACUGCCACUCUUGACCCCAGGGGUCGUGUUUUGUCUGACACCGUCACGAUCAGCUUCGAUGAUCCCAAGGUUUGCCAGACACUCCGAAAGGAGCUUCUGGAGCGAGGAAUCAGCGGAGGCAAGGCCUGGACUAGCAAUGAAGUUGUUCUCGCCGUUCCCACCACUUUCAAUCUGGAUACAUAUGUCCGCAUUGUCCAGGCUUUCCAGGCUGUUGCAAAAAAAAAUCACACCGACCGCAAUUUAGACGUUGCUAACAAGUUCUGGACUGAGGGUUGGAAGCCGUCUCUGGACGAAGUUGUCAAGGACAUUCCGCAAGUUGUCCGCCGAGAGUCCAGCUACUUGACUCACCCCGUAUUCAACUCCUACCACAGCGAGACCGAGAUGCUUCGAUACAUCUACCAGCUGCAGUCCAAGGAUCUGUCUCUGGUCCACUCCAUGAUUCCCCUGGGUUCUUGCACCAUGAAGCUCAACGGAACAACGCAGAUGGAACUCAUUGGCCACGAUAAGAGCUCCAACAUCCACCCCCAUGCCCCCGUGAGCAGCUACAAGGGAUACCAGAGACUGUUCAGCGCGACCUCUGCGCAGCUAGCUGCCCUCACUGGCAUGGACGCCACCUCUCUGCAGCCCAACUCUGGUGCCCAGGGCGAGUUUGCUGGUCUGCGAGCUAUUCGCAAGUACCACGAGCAGCAGCCCGGACCUAAGCGUGAUAUUUGCUUGAUCCCCGUUUCCGCUCACGGUACUAAUCCUGCUUCCGCCGCGAUGGCCGGUAUGCGCGUCGUCCCCGUCAAGUGUGACACCGUUACUGGUAACUUGGAUCUCGCCGAUCUCGAGGCCAAGUGCAAGAAGCACGAGAAGGAGCUCGGUGCUUUCAUGGUCACCUACCCUAGUACAUUCGGUGUCUUUGAACCCGGUGUCAAGAAGGCAUGCGAGAUUGUCCACGCUCAUGGCGGUCAGGUCUACAUGGACGGUGCCAAUAUGAAUGCCCAGAUUGGUCUUACCUCUCCAGGCGCUCUGGGUGCUGAUGUGUGCCAUCUCAACCUUCACAAGACCUUCUGCAUUCCUCACGGCGGCGGUGGCCCUGGCAUUGGCCCGAUUUGCGUCAAGUCUCAUCUCGAGCCUUUCCUUCCUCACAAGGACAGCCAGACUCCUGUUGCCAGCGCCUCUUUCGGUAGCGCGAGCAUUGUACCCAUCAGCUGGUCAUACAUUGCUACCAUGGGUGACAAGGGUCUCCGCAAGGCCACCUCCAUGGCCCUUCUCAACGCCAACUACCUCCUUGCUCGCCUCAAGGACCACUAUCCCAUCCUGUACACCAAUGACAAUGGUCGCUGUGCUCACGAAUUCAUCAUCGACGCCCGCCCCUUCCGUGAGACGGCUGGUGUCGAGGCUAUCGACAUUGCCAAGCGUCUGCAGGACUACGGCUUCCACGCCCCCACCAUGAGCUGGCCUGUUCCCAACACGCUCAUGAUUGAACCCACAGAGAGUGAGAGCAAAGAGGAGCUUGACCGCUUCGCUGACGCCCUCAUUAGCAUCCGUUCCGAGAUUCGCGAAAUCGAGGAGGGCAAGCAGCCUCGUCAAGGAAACGUUCUCCGUAACUCCCCUCACACACAGAAGGAUCUCCUUGUUGGCGACGGCGAGGGCAAGUGGGAGCGUCCCUACUCUCGCGAGAAGGCUGCCUACCCUCUUCCAUAUCUUAUGGAAAAGAAGUUCUGGCCUACCGUUACUCGUGUCGAUGACACCUACGGUGAUACCAAUCUCUUCUGCACAUGCCCUCCUGUCGAAGAUACGACCCAGUCAUAG